CUCGGCUUAAGAGCUCGCGGGAUCCUCUGGAUCACGACCGUCGUCGGUGUCCCGCUUACGAGAGGUACCCGUCGCUGAACAACUCAGCAGGGCGACUGCCACCUGAAAUCCUCAGGUGAGCAGAGACCACCUCUGCUCCAUGCAGUCUCUGAACGGAGAGAGAACUCGAUGGAACUCCUCCCAUAUCGGUGCCCGACUCCCUCCUCGGUGUUGUACGGUUCCCAUCGCGGCGCACGAUUCCACCGGCCGCCACGCGGUCACGUCGAUCGCAAUCGUUAGAAGAAAUGGCGGUGCCGCGAUCGAUAGGAUCCUCCAUGCGGCCUGGCUUCCACUUCGGGCAUUAGACGGAUCGCAGCGGUGUCUGGUCUCUGCAGCUCCAACAGGGAACAAAUUCAAUUAGUACAUUAGUGUUCAAGCAAUAACCGGUAACAAAAACGUAGAAUCGGCACGUCGGGACGUGGUGGAACAUGUCGCAAAAAGUCGUAUUGAAAAAGGUUUAUUGCAGCUUUAAAAAAGAAACAACUGAUUUUAAUGUUUUCGUCGGUGAUGUUAUCACGGGUAAAGCUAAUUCUUAAGUGGUCGUCAAUGAUCGUUCCGACUGGAUUCGUUCGAGUGUUAAACGAAUAAAUGUCACGUGCCCGAUGAAAUGAGGGUUUUUCAGGCGCGGUGUGCCGGCGGAAAUUUGAAUCGAAAAAUCAUAAUUUUCGCAGUGAAAUUUUUGUAACGCUCUACUUUAUGGACGUCGUUAAUCACGAUGUAAACGGCCGGCGGAAGGUUUGUGGGCCACAUUUGCUUCAACCGGGGCACGUGGUCAGUGCUAAACCCAUUAACGCGAUGCGAGAACGUUUUCCAGGCUGGUUAUCAGGCAAAUAUCACUUUGUGUCGGUUCCCGUUUCACCCAGAUACUUACAUCCACCCUUCGCGUUAAUGGCCACGUCAAACUAUCGUCGACCGCAGGUUUCGUUCCUGUGUCUACGACAAUUGUCGACAAUUGCUUACUUAGAAAUUGCACGGUGAAAUUACAAAAUGAAAUAGAACGAAAUUGCAGAUGUUUCAAUUGCGUUUUUUACGAUGAUCUUCGUGGUUCCGCGAGAAGAACGCUGGUGCUACCAGACGUCAAAGUGUCUCAUUCCUGGUUUCUUCUGUUUGGAAUCAUUGCGAAGAUAACAGAUGCUUCUCUGAGAAAUUACUGAAAAAACUGAUUUAGAUAUAUUCUAACUGAAUUGCAAACCGAUCGAAGUCUUGAUGGAUGCACGGUAGAAGUUUCUAUAGAGGAAUGUCGAGAAAUUAAUUUGAAUGUUUGGUAGUUCUAGGGUUAACGAAAAAGGUAUUAGGUGAUAAAUGUUCCGAAAAUGCUGGCGCAGAUGCAGUACCAAGUAACUUGUAAUUUUUUUUCCUUUUAUUUUCCAUUAGCAAAAAUAUUUUCUUUUAUUAUUAUUUCAAGUGUACUGAAUUUGCUGCCAGAAAUUUGUUUACAUAUGGUAUACCAGAGUCGCUGUCAGAAAGAAACGUCACAGUUUUCUUGGUAGCGUGUUACCUUUAAGGUCACCCUGUAUGAGACAAGGAAUAAGUGUAUCAUGUGAGAAUACGUGCAUGAACACUCGAAGAAAUGGAUUCGAUAAAAAUUUGACCUCGAUCUGGGUCAACGUUCACAACCUGGACAUUUAUUGCUCGACGAGAUCACUCGACUGGCGAAUAUGAACGCGCCCGUGACCGAGAUGAAAGUUAGACAGUGGUCGGCCGCCGUGCCUCUGAAGACACCGGACAACAUCAUAUCUUCGCAGUACACAUCGCAGAAGGUCUUCGUCCCGUCUUACGAAAAGGAGAAACGGCCUUGCAUAGAACAGCUGAUCACGAACGAAUACCAGCGUAUUUGGUGGCAGGAGAAGGAAAUAUGGGACAAAAGACACAAUAGAAAGCCGACUACGAAGAAAUUAUUACAGCGUAUGGUGAUCAGAAAAAAGUCGUCCAGAGAAGCUACCGUAGAACUACCAAAGAAAAGCAAGAAGCCAAGAAGAAAGGUGGAAUCGAAGAUCGAAAAAGUAGCUGAGGAAUCGAAAGAGCCUAAAACGAAAGAAAUUAUUCCGACUCAAACGGGAGAUGAAAAGGGAGAGAAUGAACCGAAGGAAACGUAAUAAAUUUCUUUACGUAGAUCAUAGAGCAUGUAUCAAAUGCGGGUGCACCUAUCAAAAUUAUAGUGAAACACGAUGAUUUUACGGCACUAUUUGAAACUUUUGAAGACGAAUGCUAACGUAUUGGCGACAUUGAAGUUUGGUCCUUAAAAUCAUAAGUUACAAGGAAAUAAUUUCAUUAAUUAAACAGCAACAUGUCAAUCUACAUUUUUCUUCUUCUGUAGUAUUUAGAAAUUUGUUAAAAGCUCUUUCAUUUACAAACGAUUGUUCGUUUUAAACUGAAACGGUUUUAUACAACGUGUACAUGUAACACACGCAUAGAAGUACUUGUAUUUCGACUGAAUGAUUUAAAGAAAGAAAUAAAGUUGCUAUUGCUAAUCUCUCCCCAUAAAAGAUUAUAAAUAAUUACGUAAGACAAAAAUUUAGCUAUUUACUUGCAACCGUAUAAGCGAACGUCGAGUAAAGUGGUGUUCUUUUUUUUUCCAACGGAAACACUUGCGAUAACCGUUUCCCAUAUUCGAGAAGAAUUCUGCCUUUCUAUCUCGAAACAGACAUUACGGAAAUUAAUGCGUUUAAUCGAGAUGCUUUAUCAAACGUCCGAUGUUUCAGAACAACUUGUAUAUACAGGGUGUCCCGUAAUUAAUUUAUAAAUUAUUGGUUUCAUUCAAUCAUCGCAGAUGCUUAGAGGUUAUCUUGGCAUUAGUGAAACGAAUCACUGCGUAAACUAACUUAUCCAAUCAAUCAACGAAUGUUUACAAUGUCUACAACGACACACAGUAAUAAAUAACAAUCUAAUAAAUCCUUUACUGUCAGUCACCGGUGGCCAAACAAAAUUUUCAUUGUCCCUCACCAGAAUUGUUACACUCAACAUAACAAAUUAAUAAUACAAAAAAUGUAAUAAUAUAACGAACUUUAUACAGGGCGUAGUUAAUCAAUAAGGU